CAUCUACUGUUGUGUUGUGCUACCUGGAAUUUCAAGCAUUCUAGGUAUAGCUAAUUGCAUGGAGCUGUCUCUGGCCUUGGGUUGCCGGGGAACCGACGGCAGCAGGGUGGCCGACGAUGAGGUGCAGCCGCUGUUCCCGUGCCUCUACUGCGACAAGAAGUUCCUCAAGCCUCAGGCCCUCGGGGGCCACCAGAACGCGCACAAGAAGGAGCGCACGGCCGGCUGGAACCCCUACGUCUACCGCCAUUACCCCUUUGCCAAUCUCACCUCGUCUCGCGCGGCCGCCGCCACCGACAUCUUCACCCCUGUCGCCGUGCACUGCGGUAGUAGUGGCAGCGCCCCACCGCUCCUCCAUGUCGUUGCUGAGGCUGGUUCGCCGGCUCCAUUGGUCCACGGCAUACAAGCGGCAGCCGGCCUGUUCUCCGGCGACUACGGAGGUUUGUGGGACAUGCUCUACUGGAGAAGGUCAUCCGGCGGCGCUGAGCUGGCGCCGGAGAGCAACACUGGCGUGGAGAUCGACCUGGAGCUCCGACUGUAGCAGAUUCAGCUACCGACGACAUGCAUCUUGCAGGAUUAUCUUCUAGCUCUCUUGGCUAAUUUCUUUUAUCUAUCUAUCUAUCUAUCUUUUCUUUUCAAGGUUUGUUGCGUUUUAUGUCGAUACCGAUGCUUUUUGUCGCCUUACGGCGGUUCAAGUAUGCAGUUGUAUUCAAUUCGU